AUGCUUCAUUUUCUAUUUCAUUCAGGUUCAUCCUCUGGUACUAAUUCUUCCUCAAAGGAGUCCUAUGAGCUUCUACAUGGGUUGGAAAAACCCAGUCCGGAAAUCAAAGAUUUAUCGUUUCGUUUUGUUCUUGUACAAGAUAUUGGCGAUAGAAAGAAAACAAUUUUAUUUGAUUCUAAAUACUCUGAUCAUGAAGGCCACGAAACUCAGCUUAGGGAUUCAUCUCAUGCGCCUUUGACCGACUUGAUGUUUGGAGCAAUUCCAAUGUCCCAAAAAAAUACCGUUACAAAACUGCAUGUCCUGCAGUCUCCUUCUCCUGUUACUCGAGAAUACAUGCUAACUCAGCUCUUUCAGAUAAACUUGUGUGGACCGGUUGAAACACCAGGGAAUGAAAUGGCUGGGGAAGACAUUAGCUCCAACGAGCAAAGAGUGAACGAACAUACCGAAGUUAAUUUGAACACUUCGACAAUCAAAACCCAGGAUUCAACACAAAGCGAUGGAGAAACCGCGAAACCUAGGUUGGAUGACCGGAUGGAUGAAAGGCGUUCUGUACCAUCAGAAACAGACGAGAAGAGAGUAAGAAAGGAAUCAAAACAUUCUCCAAAAAGGAAGAACAACCUAACAACUGCUUCUUCAUCUUCAUUGUUGCACGAUCAAAUGGAAAAGCUUUUAAGCAUUCAACCUUCACAUAAAGAAAGACCUCGACCCUCGCGUCUAAUUUCUUAUAGUCCCAGAUCAAGUUCGCCUAUCAGGAUUUCUCAUUCAAGCGGUUCUGUGCCGGAUACGCUAUCUAAUUCUAACCCGCUUUUAGGGACAAGGAAAUUGAAUGGUUCUUCUUAUUCCUUUAGUAAAGAAACAGGGAAUUUAAUGGAGAAUAUGCGUCGUCGUCGGAAAAAUAGACCUCCUCCUAUUAACCUUUCUACGUCUAGCUUGAAUGGAGCCGGCGGUACGUUAUCACCAUUCUUGUUUUCUGAAACUCGGACCCGGCCUUCAACCUAUGCGUUAGCCCUGAUCGUAACUGUACCAGUUACAUUUGAAAGCACAGUUCAUCCUCUUACUUUUUACUGGUCCUUAUUUUCGAAUGCUACAAAAAACUUGAAGACAGAUAUAGACAAUCAUAUUCGGGAGCUUUUAUGCGUUUCGCUGUCCAAUUCUUCGAACUGUAAUGAAAACGCAAUUCCUCUUAUACAAUCCACUUCUUCAAAAGUCGGUUUUGGCUCUUAUUCACUUCAAAAAGAUGCAUUUACUAUCACGAAAAUUCAACAGUGUUUGCGAAUUAUAAAAGCUGGUGUAUCAGCACCGUUAAUACAACCUUCGGUAUUCUCGAAUCAUAUUUGGAUGGAGAAUAUCAAGAUCUUAGAAGAUUCUUGCAGAAAUGAAAAACAAAAAAAGUUUAUUUUUUCACUACUCACCCUUGCUAUGAAAAUGAGCCGACUAAAGAAAACGGAAAAAACACCAUGUAAAAUUAUGAUCCAGUCUUCCCGUGCUCCUAUUGCUAGACGCUUUUUGUAUAUUUUAGCUCCACUCCUACGCCCGUCAUUAGCUACUUCAUCUGCUGAUAUGUUAGAGCCAAAUCUACUUUUCCCUUCUUCUGGGAUGCUUUCAUCUCAAAGCAUGCCGACUACUCCAAAUUAUUCUUCAAAUAAUACUAGAGAUGCUUAUUCCUCGUCGAGUGUGUCGAAUUCGUCUCAAGCUAUCGAUAUUCGAUCUAGCAAGCCAUCAAACCACAACGUCGGCCGCAAGUCGUCAUUACGCAAUUAUUUAGGUAGCUCUUGGCGGCUUAAGUUUAUGCGUAGUAGUUAUCAAAGUUCACCAACUGGCCCGGAUAGUUCAGGCGUUGUUUCGAACUCUAGUUCCAAACAACCAGAACAGCAGCACUCUUUUGGAAGUUUUUCUCCAAGUUCUUCUGACUUCAUUUUUGGUUCAAAUAGUUGUCCAGGUCUGGAAUAUUUGGAUAAUUUCAAUGCUAAUAAAGAAGCCUUGAAAGGUUUACCCAAAACUAGACUUGUACCUAACGGAUUGCUUCAGGUUGACCUACCUAUGAUUGACACUAAUUGUGAUUCUACAAGAACACGCCUACCAAAAUUGGGGCCUUCAGUAUUCCAGGCGGGUUUUUUGACUUACUUGCAUCCUUGUUUUGAUUUACAAGCGGCACCGCUGGACGCUUACAUUAUUCCAAACAGAGAAGAGUUUUUUGCAAGUACAUUGACAAGCAUGCUGGAGACUAAUCUGACACCUAAAAAGGAAAAUGAUACCAAUUUGUAUUCAAGAAUUGCUGUUGCGAAUAUUGACGAGUGUAAUAUACAAUGCUAUGAGCUCUGUGAAGUCCCUGUUAUGGAUGAGUGUCCUACUCAAGAUAAUGAGGACUUUACUCCAAAACUAAACUGCGAUAUUUUUCGUGAAACAAUAAUGACUUCCUUCAACGUUAACCAUGGUUGUUUUUAUUCUCUCAAACGUUCUUACCUCUUGUAUGACUACAGUUAUGUGGAUGAUGAAUUUGUUAAUAUAGCGUUGGCUGGUAAACUAGAAAGUGUUUUUGACUAUAUAAAUAAGUCGUAUGUUUAA